UUGAUAAAACUGGCGGGUUAGAAAGCACUGGACAAACACGGUGUGACACUUUAUAGUAAUGAAUACUAGUAACGUGUCUCUGGGUCGGUUCAACGGGCAGUCGAAGCUGCUGGUCCGGUCGCUUCUGUCCGGAGCCUCCGGUGCCCACCGAGCUCUGGGCGUCUUCCACAGACAGCAGCGGGCCGACCCCGGACUGUCUCUGUCCAACUUCAUAGAAACACUGUGCCGAGACGAAAUAACCUGUGCACCAGUGGAAGCCCAGCCGCUAACGGUUAAACCCCUGGUGUGCCUGUUCCCAGCCUUAUUCAAACAAAACCUGCUGUCUUUCCUCCAUCUGGUCCACUCGAUUCUUCCACGAACCGCUGUCCUCCAUCUGCUCAAAUGCCUCAGCCAGGACCCUCACCCGAGCCCCUGGGUCUCCACUCUGGUCAGACAGCUGCAAAGACACCUGGGGGCCCACAGUGAAGAGCCUCUGUACACUCCACUGUGCGGCCAGAGACUCAAGGAGCUGUCGCAGCGUUUGGUUGGUUCUGGUGAGACUGAAGGAUGGGCCAAGUGCUUCAGCGGUCAUACAGUAGAGUCCGGAUCUCAGAGAGCAUCUGGUUUAUCAGUGCUGGGGACACAAAGGAAAAGGAAGAGCAGCUUUGUCACUCUGGACUCCGAUGGUGAUGAAACAGGACAGCAGAGUAAACGGAUAAAGGUAGAUGUCUGUGGCAGUGAGUGUCUUGAUGCUGAAGAACAGAGUGUGAAAGAAGAGAUAUCAGGAAGAAUAGAAAGUGAUGCUGUGGCAGAAACUCCUGCAGGAGAACUGCAGCCAGCACCGGACCAACCAUGUGAUGCUCUGCCUGAACAUAUAAAGGCCGCUGUUCUUCAAAUAAAAGAACUACUGGAAAGUCAGACAGAGUGGGACCAGAGCUCCACGGAUGUGUUCAAAGUACUAAACGAGUGUGACCCCGGCCAAGUGGAGUUGUUAUGCAGCACGCUGAGUUUGCCCGACUUACCCGAGCACACUCUGCCUAAACUGUGCAGCAGUAUUUUGGCUCCCUCUCCUGACCUCAGCUACAGCACGGCUGCAACACUCAUCAAGAGCCUCCUGCUGGAGAAGGUCCUGUCCUUGUCAGAACCGGCCUCCAGAUGUCUAGUGACUGCAGUGACAAUGCUGUGUAGCCGCUGUCCCAGACCAAUGUGCCACGCUCUAAUCGAACCCGUUCUAGUGGAAAAGAGCAUAGGGAAUCCACAGGCCGAGCUGCUGAACCGACUGAUAGAAAGCUGCCUGGACUCCCAUUACAGACUACUGGUGCUCCAAAUGACUUUCAGAAUAGCGUGGAGUGAGGCAGUGCUCUCCGUUAUCCACAGCUUGCUAGACUCCAAGCCUGACUUGAGUGAAGAACUGUUCACACAGUUCACCGAACAGCUCGUCAGCCAGGGUCCUCAGUUCACAAAGUCUGUGAAGUUCGCAAAAAUGAUGCUCACUGUUCUCACCAAAUAUAGCACUUAUGUGACUGCUGCACAUAAACAAUCCCUGCACGGUUGCCUGAUGUUAAAUGAGACCUUCCUGAAAAAGUCUCUCCAAGCUGCCCUGAAAAGAAUCACACACUCAUGAAGUUUCAUCUGACCCAAUGCAUGUUAAUAAACCAGUUUAAA